AUGCAGGGGGCCGCGCGCGGCCCCAUCGCCGCCCCUAGCGGCCCCGUUGCCGCCCCUAUCGGCCCCGUCGCCGCCUCCAGCGGCCCCGUCGCCGCCCCUAGCGGCCCCGUCGCCGCCCCUAUCGGCCCCGUCCCCGCCUCCAGCGGCCCCGUCGCCGCCCCUAGCGGCCCCGUCGCUGCCCCUAUCGCCCCCGUCGCCGCCUCCAGCGGCCCCGUCGCCGCCCCUAGCGGCCCCGUCGCCGCCCUUCGCAGCCUCGUCACCGCCCUCUCGCGGCCCCAGUGCCGCCCUCUCGCGGCCGCGCUACCUGAGGUGGGCGCGUACAGCCCCGUCGCCGCCCCUAGCGGCCCCGUCGCCGCCCCUAUCGGCCCCGUCCCCGCCUCCAGCGGCCCCGUCGCCGCCCCUAGCGGCCCCGUCGCCGCCCCUAUCGGCCCCGUCGCCGCCUCCAGCGGCCCCGUCGCCGCCCCUAGCGGCCCCGUCGCCGCCCUUCGCGGCCUCGUCGCCGCCCUCUCGCGGCCCCAGUGCCGCCCUCUCGCGGCCGCAUCGCCGCCCUCUCGCGGCCCCGGUGCUGCCCACUUGCGGCCUCGUCGCCACCCUUAG